CCCUAGCUGAGUUUCCCGUAUAUAAGUCGUCAUCUCCUGCGGGGAGCUGGGGUGCAGAGAGCAAAAGCAUUUUGUCGAUCCUCGCUCGGAUCACUAUUCCCUGUUUCGCCCUCUUCGGCUCGUUCCUUUCGAUGCCCUAGUUCUUCUAGGCGGCCCCCUCCUAUACCCUCGUCGUCUUUCUCUCCGGCCGACAAUUACUUGAGCAAUCUUGCAUGUAGUCUUUCUCCGAUUUGCUUCUUACAAGCUAUUUUGAACAGUAUUAUUUGCGAGAAAUGGGACGUAGUGGUGAAUUUUGAUUGUCAAUUUUGGUUCUCUGAUGUUGUUGUUCUGUUCCUUUGGAUUCGAUGAUUCUCUCGGUUACAUUGGAUUGAGUCUCUUUCAAAAGCUUUGACAUGGAGAAAAGAUGGACUUUGAAUGAUUUUGAAAUCGGGAGGCCAUUAGGGAGAGGAAAGUUUGGCCAUGUGUAUUUGGCCAGAGAAAAGAAGAGUAAUCAUAUAGUGGCAAUGAAAGUUCUAUCCAAGAGUCAGCUAAAGAAGUCCCAGGUUGAACAUCAGAUUCGCAGGGAGGUAGAAAUUCAGAGUCACCUCAGACACCCAAAUAUACUGCGGUUAUAUGGUUAUUUUUAUGAUCAGACAAGAGUUUAUUUAAUACUUGAACAUGCACCAAAGGGAGAACUUUACAAAGAAUUGCAGCGGCGCAAAUAUUUCAGUGAGAGGAGAGCAGCAACAUAUAUGUCAUCAUUAGCCAGAGCGCUUAUCUACUUGCAUGGAAAGCAUGUCAUUCACAGAGAUAUCAAACCCGAAAAUCUGCUGCUUGGAGCGCAGGGUGAAAUAAAAAUUGCAGAUUUUGGGUGGUCAGUUCACACAUUUGACCGCAGGAAGACAAUGUGUGGCACUUUAGAUUACCUCCCCCCUGAAAUGGUGGAAAGUGUAGAUCAUGAUGCUAGUGUAGAUAUUUGGAGUCUGGGUGUUCUAUGCUAUGAGUUCCUCUAUGGUGUACCGCCAUUUGAGGCCAAGGAGCACUCAGAAACAUACAGAAGAAUCAGGAAAGUUGAUCUCAAAUUUCCCUCAAAACCCAUAGUUUCUUCAGCAGCGAAGGAACUGAUAAGCCAGAUGCUCGUUAAGGAAUCGUCACAGCGUCUGCCAUUUAACAAACUGCUUGAGCAUCCAUGGAUUGUUCAAAAUGCUGAUCUUUCUGGCAUUUGCUGAAAUUUAUUUAUACUCUAAAUGAGAGAGAAUUUAUUUAGCUGAUUCUGUACCCCAACAUUUUUUUUUAAUUUUCAUUUGUUUACUAAUAAGAACGG